AUGACAGGUCAGUCCACAACCGCUGCUGCCCGACCUUUGGCCACGAAGGGAGGCAAGAUGAAUAUCACCCAGUUCAUCUGCGGAGUAUUCCUCUUCAACGCUAGGUUUAUGAGGAACAGUGACGCGCUGGCGCUAAAGGUCGCUGCCUUGAUCAUCUAUGUAGUGGCGUUUCGGGCCCCAGUCUUGCGCGUUCCUCCGCAGCACCUCGCAGUGCGCAAGAUGAGCAUUAUAGAAACCACAGACGUUGCUCGGAUAUGGGAACGAGCCGCGGAUAAUGGGCAAAGGGUUCUGGAAGAUGAGGGCAUGAAUACUGAGGCUCGCUGGCUUCGAGUAGAGGAUACAGAAAUGUCAAGAUGA